ACGGCUGGGGAGCUGCAGCCCUGGGACUGUGAAUAAGACCGUAAAGAGCUGUGUUUUUAUUUCCCGAAACUUUAACCGUCAACUUUUUAAACGUUUUAGAUGUUUCCGUGCUUUUUUUAAUGCUUCUGGGGCUCCUUGCUUGAUAUUCGCGGUGUGUUUUUCCCCCUCACUGCGCUCAUAAUGGCGAGCUCGGCUAACUCGAACCAAGUGCCUAAACUGUAUAGAUCAGUGAUGGAGGAUGUCAUUGCUGAAGUCCGAGAGCUGUUUCUGGACGAGGGAGUGGAUGAACAAGUCCUGAUGGAGCUCAAAACGUUGUGGGAGAGUAAGCUGAUGCAGUCCAAGGCGGUGGAUGGUUUUCACACAGAGGAGCAGCAGGUUCUGCAUGCUCAACAGCAGCAGGCUCAAGCUCAGCAGACACAGCCACAAACCCAACCGCAGCAAGUCCUCCUGCCUCCUGCACAGACCACUCCUCAGCAGCAGGUCAUUGUUCAGGAUGCUAAGAUUAUGCAGCACAUGAGUGCGACGGGGAUGAGUGCAGCGGCCACGGCAGCAACUCUGGCUUUACCCACAGGUGUAGCACCAUUUCAGCAACUCAUCACCCCUCAGGGUCAGAUCCUGCAGGUGGUCAGAGCUGCCAAUGGAGCUCAGUACAUCAUUCAGCCUCAGCAGCAGAUGCUUUUACAGCAGCAGGUUCUGCCGCAGAUGCAGCCUGGGGGUGUUCAGGCCCCUGUCAUACAGCAGGUGUUGACUCCUCUUCAAGGAGGUCUUCCUCAGCAAACCGGAGUCAUCAUCCAGCCGCAGCAGAUCGUCCUCACGGGGAAUAAAGUACCGCAGAACACUCAGGUCAUGCAGGCGGCAGCGAUGGCAGUGCAGUCGGGACCGGGAGAUGCACAGGUGCAAACUCAACCACAAGCGCAGCAGCAACAACAACAACAGCAGCAGCAGGCCUCGCAACAACCUCCUAUGAUGCUCCAGGUAGACGGCGCAGGAGACACGUCCUCAGAGGAGGAUGAAGAGGAGGAGGACGAGUAUGAUGAAGAUGAGGAUGAAGACAAGGAGAAAGACGGCGGAGAGGACGGCCAAGUGGAGGAGGAGCCGUUAAACAGUGGUGAUGAUGUCAGUGAUGAGGAAGAUCAGGAGCUCUUCGACACAGAGAACGUAGUGGUUUGCCAGUAUGACAAAAUUCACAGAAGUAAGAACAAGUGGAAAUUUCACCUGAAGGAUGGCAUCAUGAAUCUGAACGGACGGGAUUUUGUGUUCUCCAAAGCCAUCGGAGACGCCGAGUGGUAAAAAGCGGGAAAGACAAGAGAACAAAAAACCCAAAAACUGUCUACUUUUUAAGGCAAGACACAUCGAGACCUGAAACUGUACAUUUCAGGAGAUUCCCCACUUGGGGUGCUGAAGAGUAACGUCCCAAUGCUACUGUGCUGUUUGAGUGAUUUCUGCACACAAAUAACUUGUGCCAUCCAUGAGAUUUCUUUUUCUUUUGACCUUCUUUUUUAAAAAGACUACUCUUUUACCUGUAAAAAAAAAAAAAACUCAGUCCAUAAUAUCUCCUUUCCAAAAACAUCUACGCCCCCUCAGAUGAAAAUAUUAGGCGCAGGGAGCCAAUUUUAGCGUCAGACGCCAUCUUAAGUAAACAGAUAUGUCAACAGCCUUUUCACAGCAAGGGUACGUGUUUGGUGAUUUCCGUAAAUCUGAAUCCUGUGUAAAGCGAAUCACUAUUGGUCGCCUCAUACAAACACUAAAACAAUCCAGCAAGAGCUGCGUUCCAACAAUUCCCAUUAAUAGAUGCCAUGUUUUUAGACCUUUGUAUGUUCAGCAAAAGAGAUACCAAUGAAAGCAGGCAAGUUGAGCGCAAGUUGUCGAUCUCACAAAGCUGUUUGCGUUUUUAUGUCUGUCAUGGGUUUUUCUAACUCUGCUCUGUCAGUCUGAUGCAUGUUUUUGGGAGUUGAUGCAUCACAGGGUGCUUUGGUGUGUUUUGUGUGCAAUCUUCUGCGUUUGGUGUCUAUGAAGUGCUCCAUCAGGCCGCCCUUCCUACUUUCCUCCCAGUCAGGCUUAUUUUACGCAUUUCUAGUCGUUCGUAUUUAUUCCCGAAGCUCAGGCAGCGUUCAUAUUUCGGGGGGGAAAAGACACCGAACUGUGCUCUUAAUGAAAGAAGUGCUCCUUUUUGGCCCUGAGGAGGAUUUCCGCACGUGGUUCUGUGCAUUGUGGAGUUACCCUAGGGUUUGUUUUAGUCCCUCCGUACUUGUUUUAUCUUGCGUAGUCUGACUUUUUAAAGCCGUGCCCUCAUACAGUUUGAAAUUCGUAAUGUUCUGUGUCUGAGGAAAAUGCUUCAAGAUUGUUCUACGACAUGGUUUGGGGCUUUGUUCGUUUGGUGUAAUUCAUUGCUCCUUGUUUGUGCCUUUCAGAUUUAUUUUAGAUAUCAGGUCUUUUGUCUAAAGGGGAGAGAGAGCCUUUAACAAAUCCUAAAAAAAACUGUACAUUUUGCUUUGCUUUUCUAAUGGCAAGUACUUCAGAGCUACUGUCUGGGUCACAUGAGAGACGAUGGUGUGUGUUCAUAUACUGUUUUACCAAUCAAACUGAUUCUCGUCUACUUUGAAGGUUGUGUUCAUGUAAGUAGAGAUCGUUAGCAUUUUUUUGUUGAAUCUAGUUUUAUUUUUAUUUUGCCUUUGCUGAACUUUAUUAAAGCACUAUUAAAAUUGA